GUGUACAUUUGUAUAACUUUAUAUAGCAACUGUGAAAAUUGCAUUUCACAAUAACAAAUAAUGCGUUCUGCUUUACAUUUAACUUACUUGAUCGUUUUUGCUUGUGCAAAAGAAUAUCUUAAUCAAACUGAAGUUAGUUGGGAAGCAGCUAAAAGAAGUUGUUCAGUUCCACAGCUCAGAAUGGUAUUUAAAAGCAAUGAUUAUGAAGAAGAUAAUGGAUUUUAUGCUUGGACUUCAGCACAACAGUUGUUUUCAGACUGGGCUUUCUUUUACGGCUGUAUUGACAUUCACAUACCAAAAGAAGACGAACAUCGAUUGUCCACAUACUUUUCAAAUAGCGAAGGAAUUUUUAUUUCAGCUAAAAAUGAUAUAUUUAAAUGUGCGAUUUAUUGUACAAACAUGAAUUAUUUUGUUUACUAUAUAACGACCUGUUUAUGUAUUACAAGCAUUGGAAUGUAUCCAGUUACUGAUACCACUGUCUGUAUAUCGCCGUGUCGCACGGACUCGGUUUUCUGUUCAUCAGGAUUUGGAGUUCCGUUGUUUAAAUAUAAGCCAGAGGUAAAAGUUUCAAGACGAAGCAUGUUUUAUUACUCAUACCAUUGUGUUGCUACAAAAAAUGGCUACAACUACGAUGAUAACUGCUACACUGAAUUUCGUGGCUUCAACUGUGAUGGAAUAGAAAAUAUUGGUCUGCAUACAAAUUGGAUUAAUGCUGUCAAUAACUGUACAAAUUGGAAAACAACGCUGCCAAAUGCAGUCAGAAACUCAUCAGCCGGUCACUGGCUACGAUAUUUCAGAUAUCAAAUAUUACAUCCAGCUACAAAUAAGGAAAGACGGAAAUGUAUUGCAGUUUUCGUAAAGAAUAACCAGGAGUUUAACAGUGACUAUAUACAAUGGAGCCAUUACCAAGAAAAGAAUUGUUCAGAAUUGCUCCCAUUUAUUUGUUUCGGUUGUCACAAAACUGCAGCAGUUGCUUUAGUUCCAAACUCAACGGUAAAAGAAAAUUCAACCUCACAGUUUUCAUCAGGAUUUAAAGAAACUAACAAAAAUGAUGAAAUGGUUAUAGUCAAAAUUAUACUACUGACGUCCUCCAUAGGGAUUGUUUUUCUUACUAUAAUAAGAUUAUGCUAUCAGAAGAUCAGAAAUUAUAAAUACCGAUAAACUCUUGACAGUUAAAAAAAUUAUCUCCAGUUAUAAUUAUAGGAGAUAGCAAGAUUCUAGAAAAUAGUUGUUGAAAGAUGUUUCUUAUUUUUAUCAUAAGGUGAUUGUUAAACAUUCGCAAAACUUUGUGUGAUAUGCAUAGUGUAUCUCUGUAUGUUGAAUUAUUGAAAAUGACAACAAGAAUGAUAUUAUGUUCCUUAGUUUGAUACUAGUCAAUAUUUUUUUUGAAAUAAACGAACACCAGUGUAUACAAAAAGCGAAUCCAGAUAGUUCAUUUUCGCUGUCAUACGCGAGUAUUAUUAUUGUAAAAAUAAAAGAUGAUAGGGCAAACUGUG